CACACUCUCUCUCUCACACACACGCACUCAUCCACAUCUUCCUCGGAUCUGAUCGCACUCGAGUGUUUCUCACGGUUUGUCAUCAGUCUCAGCUGGAGAUGAUGCGGUUGCUACGGUGACUCCGUCAGCUCUGUGAUUGGCUCGUUCUGCUUGCGUCGUCAUGGCGAAGAGUUCAGAGGUGAAGCUUGCGGUGUUUGGCAGAGCAGGAGUGGGAAAGUCAGCACUGGUGGUUCGAUUCUUGACCAAACGAUUCAUCUGGGAGUACGACCCGACACUCGAGUCCACCUACCGCCAUCAGGCAAAUAUCGAUGAUGAGACCAUCGGCAUGGAGAUUCUGGACACGGCCGGACAGGAGGAUGUGCUUCAGAAGGAGGGUCACAUGCGUUGGGGCGAUGGGUUCAUCCUGGUCUAUGACAUCACGGACCGUGGGAGCUUCGAGGACGUGGCUCUGCUGAAGAACCUCCUGGACGAGGUCAAGCGGCCAAAACACGUGCCUCUGGUGCUGCUGGGAAACAAGGUGGAUCUGGAUCACGCCCGGCAGGUUGCCACAGAGGAGGGCGAGCGGCUGGCGGCGGACAUGGCCUGUGCGUUCUAUGAGUGCUCGGCGUGCUCGGAUCUGGUGGGGACGGGUGGAGGUGUGGCGGAGGCGUUUCACGAGCUCUGCAGGGAGAUCCGCCGCAGACGUGCUGUUCAGGGCAAAACCCGGCGCCGCAGCUCCACCACACACGUCAAACAGGCCAUCAACAAGAUGCUGACCAAGAUCAGCAGCUAAAGACAAGACUGCAGGACAUGAGCUUCCUCCUCAGUAUCUCCAGUACAAAGAUCUACACAUUCUUAAAGCGAUAGUUCACCCCAAAAUGACAAUGUGCUAUAAGUUUGCUCACCCUCCAAGGCCAUCCUCGCUCAGGAUGAGUUUGUUACUUCAUCAGGUUUGUAGAAAUGUAGCAUUGCAUCAGUGUCUCAUCAAUGGAUGCUAUGGAUUAUGGUAUUUGAGUUAAAAUCAUCUUAAUGCUGGAUGUAUUUCAGCUUUUGUCUUCUCCAGAUGUUAACUGAUGGACCAGAGUGCUGUGGAUUAUUAUUGUGAUGUUUUUAUCAGCUGUUAUUAUGACGGCACCCAUUCACUGCAGAGCAAGUGAUGCAAUGCUGGAUUUCUCCAAAUCUGAUGAAGAAACAAACUCAUCUACACCUGGGACUGGGAUUAUGGACUGCACAGACGCAUCAGAGCCUCGUGUUUCUCCGUCUACAUAGUGUGUUUCUCCAUGGUCGGAGGCCUGCGGCUGUAUAUAUUUGUUCUUAUGCUUGAACUGAAGGAUUGUGUGAAACGUCUUCACAAAUAUCUGCUUCUCAGAUCUCUCGCAUCUUGACCUAACAGCACUAAUAAAGCACUAUCCCGUUCAUGAUUGCAGCUCUCUGACUUCAAAGGAGGAUGCAGGAAUGUCUCCUGAUGCUAUCUCUGAUGUUUCAGGACAGAUCAUGUCCACAUGUUUGUCUCCUUCUGCUCUCGACUGACACAGGCUCCUGUAAACACGUGGAGAUUCCUGCUUUAAUGACUCCAGAGCUCUGUGGAUGUGUACAGUACAGUAAAGCCGUGUAUUUCUCUGGAGAUGCCUCUGCAGAAAUGUGUGUAAACCUGGUGCAUAUGAAAAGAAAACAGCCGCUGGUUUGCA